CAUCAGUCCCAUCGUAUGACGUGAACUUGGUUGCUUUUGCCCAUCUUCCCAUCCUUGUCCAGUCGCCAAAAGUCUCUGAUGAGACAAUCUGCUCUAAUUAUCUCCAAGCUCGCACAAAGCUCACGACAACCGCUACUCAAAGCCUUUCGCUUACCGGCCGCCAACUGCAGCCUUUCCGGGAAGAUCAAUCGCCUUUCAUUCUCCUUCCAACCCCUCAUCUGCGAGCGUUGCUUCAGUAUGGCCACAUCAACGCGCUCCUCCAAACGCCAGAAAACCGGCGCUGGCGCAGCCGCCGAGACGGGCGAUUCGAUGCCCUACAAAUUGAUUUACUGGCCCGGCAUUCCAGGCCGAGGUGAGCACAUCCGCCUCGCCUUUGAAGCCACAGGCACUCCCUACGUCGACGUAUCCAACGGAACGGAUGCCGGCGUCAAGGCAGUGAUGGCCCAAAUCAGCGACAAAAACAUUGGGGACGACAAUAACCCCCCGCCGUUGGCUCCACCCAUUCUGCAACAUGGAGAUGAUAUCCUCCUGUCCCAGACGCCCAAUAUUCUCGCCUACUUGGGUCCCAAGCUCGGCCUGGUCCCCGACGUCGCCGACGAUAGUGUUGGAAUGUACCACGUCAACGCACUGGCAUUGACGGCACUUGACGGGCUCUCCAAUGAGCCUCACGAUGUCCACCACCCCAUCGCCAGUGGAGCCUACUACGAAGAACAGAAGGAAGAGGCUCUCAAGAAGGCCGCCGACUACCGCGCGGUCCGCCUGCCCAAAUUUUUGGGGUACUUUGAGCGAGUCCUUUCGGGGCCAGCUUCGGGCGGAGGGGAGUGGCUGUACGGCGGGAAAAUGACCUAUGCGGACUUGGUGCUCUUCCAGACGGUGGACGGAGUGAGCUAUGCCUUCCCCAAGUGUAUGGGCAAGUUGAAGAGCAGUGGGAAGUAUGGCAAGGUGUUUGCACUCUAUGAGAGGGUCAAGGCACUGGACAAGAUCAAGAGCUACCUGGAGAGUGACAGGAGACAGAAGUACAGCAUGGGAAUCUACAGGCAUUAUCCCGAGUUGGACGAAGACUAGAAACGCUCCAAUCUUGACAGCGUGGGGAAGAUAUCCUAGAGCGGAUGCAAAAAGCUAACCAGGAAGCACCUGGCUUUAACUCAGAAUAAAAAGGAAUGGAAGAAAAUAACAGAUGCUAUACAACGACAAAAGCAUAUCUUUCGAAGCUAUGGAGGUACAGUAGUCUUUCCGAAAGAGCGCAAGUAGGUCUAUGGCUGGCCGUAUGAAUCGG